UUUGUCAGAGGACCUGUACUGCUGAGCCGUGGUUUGGAUUUGUAGCUGAGCAGCUGAAAAGUCAGAGGUUUGAGAUCUGGAUGGAGGUUUGCAGCCACUGAAGAUCUGUGUUUUGAAACCUGGAUCUUCAGGGAGCCAGCAUGGCCGCCGUCCAGCUGUUGUUUCUUCUUCUUCUCCCGUCCUUGUCCGCGCUCCAAAGCCAGUCUCUGGUUGUGGUAAACUCCGGCAUGCGUGUCCCCAGAGGCCGUUCAGUUUUCCUCACGCAGUCGGAGCUACAGAUCAGCGUGGAUCCAAGCGUGGACUGUAAGGUGGAGGUGGUGAUGAACGAACCAGUGACCCAGAGGGUUGGGAGGCUGACUCCACAGGUGUUCGACUGCAGCUUCCUGGAGGACGAGGUGACGUACAUCCACAACGGCAGUCCUCUGCUGGAUGAGGACUCUGUCCUGCUGAGAGUCUACAGGUUCACGUCUUCAGAGACGUUGAUGGAGUUGGUGGUCCUCAGAAUCCAAGUGGAGGACCCCGGGUCCAUUGUGGUGGAGCUAGGCAGCACUCCACUGGUGGUACCUGAGUUCUUCGGUUUAUCAAACACCAUCAACGGUUCAGUGCUGAGCAUCAAAGCGGCAGCUGGUGUGAUCUGCACGGUCAGGCUGAUGACUGGGGACACCAAACUACCAGCUGUCGGUCAGCUGGUUAAAGAGGAGGACUCUAUCCAGAGGAAAGGCCGCCAGACAGUUGCGGUGUGUCCAGGAAACAAAUCGUGUCUGCACUCCGCUGCUGCUGUGGACUCCCUGAAGACCAGCUGCCAGGACUUCCUGAGCUCCGGUCUGAAGUACCAGCACCUCCAUCCGCCAUCCCCACAGAUCGACUACAUCCCCAUCCGGGUGGAGCUGAGGAAGCGGGCUAACAGGGCUCUCCUGGAGUCAGAGGCGGUGUGGCUGCCAGUUCUGAUCCAUGGUGCAAUGCCGAACCAGCGCCCCCAGCCUGCCUUCAUGGCCUCCUUCCUCCUGGAGGUGGACCAGUUCAUCCUCACCCCCCUCACCACUGCUGCGCUGGACGCCACAGACGCCGAGACGCCGCAGGAGAGGCUGGUGUUCAAUGUGACAGUCCCACCUGAGGAGGGCUACAUCACCCACCUGGAUGACCACACCAAACCAACCUGGUCUUUCACCUGGGAGGACCUCCAUGACAUGAAGGUGGCCUACCAGCCGCCCAACGGCAGCAACACCCAUCGCAGGAACUAUGAGGUGGAGUUCCAGGUGAUAGACAGCUCCUACAUGACCAGCCCCCCCAUGGUGGUCCACAUUUCCAUCAGGCCAUCUGAAACAAACGCCCCCCGGGUGUCUUGGAACAUGGGUCUGGACCUGUUGGAGGGUCAGUUCCGGCCAAUCACGUGGAAGGAGUUGCAGAUCGUGGACAACGACAACAUCGAUGCUGUGCGGCUGGUGGCCGUGGAUGGACCUGUACAUGGACAGCUUAGCGUCAGAGGUAUGAAGGCGUUCAUGUUUCGCGUACAGGACCUGAAAGAGGGCGUGGUCGUUUACCACCACUCUGACAGCGACUCCACCCGGGACCACAUUGUCUUCCGCAUCAGCGAUGGCCGCCACAGCAUCCGCCACAAGUUCCCCAUCUACAUCCUCCCGAAAGACGACUCCCCGCCGUUUCUCAUCAACAACGUGGCGGUGGAGGUCCAGGAAGGCGGCGCCAUCCACCUCCAGGAGUUCAUGCUGCUGGCCUCGGACCUGGACUCCAGUGACGACUACAUCCUGUACCAGAUAGUCUCGGCCCCCCGAGCAGGGCAGCUGGUCAGGAAGAGCUCCGCCCAUGACACGGGUGAGGCUGGAGCGGUACCAGUGAACAGGUUCUUGCAGCGAGACCUAAUCCAGGGCCAGAUCUUCUACCAGCAUUUAGGGGACGAGGUCUUUGAGGACUCCUUUGACUUGACACUGUCCGACAGCCACCAGCCGCCCAAUCUGUCAGAGAUAUACACAGUGGUGGUCCAUGUCUUUCCCGUAAAGGACCAACUGCCAGUGGAGUUUUCCGGCAGCGUUCGCUCUCUGACAGUGAAGGAGACGGAGGUGGUUUACAUCAGUCAGGCUCAGCUCCACUUCACAGACCCAGAGAACCCGGAUGCAGACCUAACGUUUGUGGUCACGCAGCCCUGUUUCAGCCCGCUGCGUCCCGGGUUGAUGGAUGCUGGACGCCUCUUCUAUACCGACAACGCCAACACCAUGAAGAAAGACCACAUGGUUCCGGUGCUGAAGUCCUUCACUCAGCAUGCAGUAAACCACAGGAAAGUGGCCUUCAUGCCUCCAAUGGAGGACAUCGGCCCUGAACCUCUGUUUAUCCAAUUUGUCUUCUCCGUCAGCGACCAGCAGGGCGGUGCUGUGUCCGGCUUUAUCUUCAACAUCACUGUGGUCCCAGUGGACAACCAGGCCCCUGAGGCCUUCACCAACCUGUUGCGGGUGGAGGAGGGGAGAGGCGUCUUCGUGACGGAGGAGCACCUCCUGGUCCAGGACCGGGACAGUCGGGAGGAAGCAUUGAAGGUGAAGAUCCAGAGGACACCCUUUCACGGCCGGCUGGAGCUGCAGGGUGGAGCAUUGCUGCAGGGAGACUGGUUCACCCUGCAGGACCUGAGAGGUCUGCGGCUCAGAUACAUCCACGACGACUCUGAGACGGUGCAGGAUGAGGUGGCUCUGAAGGUGACAGAUGGUCUGAAUUCUGCAGAUGUUGUGCUGCAGAUUCAGGUCUUACCCAUGAACGACGAGCCUCCCCAGCUGGGUGGGGGUCUGCGAGGGGCGCUGAGCUGUGAGGAGGCCGGGCAGGUCCAGGUGACCGUCGACUACCUGUCGGCCACGGACCGGGACAGUGACGACUCCAGACUGACCUACAUGCUGGCCCGAAGACCCGGCAGAGGAGAGCUGCAGCGGUCCGGACUCACUGUGGACAAGUUCUCCCAGCAGGACCUGCUACAGGGACACAUCUACUACGUUCACUCAGGUGCAGAGGUCGGUCCGGAGCCAGCGUUUGACACCGUCACCCUCAUCAUCUCUGACGGCGAGGCCACCGUGGUGGAUGGCUGUUGCCAUGGAGAUGCCCCGCCCGUUCCUCUCCACGACAAUCUUCCCGUUUACGACCUGAACGUCACGAUUCUUCCUGUCAACAACAAAGUUCCUGCCGUCACUCUGGGUGAGUCCAUGUUGGUGGUGGAUGAAGGCUCCACAGUCUGUCUGUGUGGGGGAGUUCUGGGGGCCUCUGAUGCCGACAGCCCCCCCGAGGAGCUGACCUUCUACGUGGAGACUCCACCUCUUCAUGGUUUCCUGGAGAACACGCUGCCAUCGCUGGGCUCCGAGAAGAGCAACGCUGGACAGCGAGUAGAUUCCUUCAGCCUCACCCACCUGACCUCAGGCUUCAUCAACUACGUCCAGUCAGAGCACAGCGGGGUGGAGCCAACACUUGACCAGCUAUCUGUCAGUGUGAGUGAUGGGCUUCACCACUCCGCCCCUGUCCCCGUCUACAUCAUCAUCCACCCAACCAAUGACGAGACGCCUUCUCUGAUGCUCUCCAACUUCACCGUGAAGGAGGGUGGGCUGAGGGAGCUGACUCCCUCUGUUCUCGACAGCUCUGACCUGGACGCCCCCCCAGACCUCCUGACCUUCACGGUGCAGCAGCCACCAGCUCAUGGCAGGCUGGUUAACGGCAUCUACGGAGCAGAGACGUCCCGCUACCAGGAGAUGGGAGCUGAGCUCCUGAGGAGCCUCCAGGUCGACUCCUUCACCCUGCAGGAGCUACGACAAGGCAUGAAAAUCGUGUACAUGCACGAUGACACAGAAACCCUGGAGGACACCAUGGUGCUGAGGCUGACAGAUGGCGUGCACACAGUUGAGGGGACGGCCCGGGUCACUGUGCUGCCGGUCAACGACAACCCACCACGGCUGCUCAUGAACGCCGGGCUGGACGUGAAUUCUGGCGAGCGCAGGGUGAUCUCCAGCGUGGUUCUAGAGGCCGUGGACCCGGACACGCCCCCAGAGGGCGUGUAUUACUUCCUCAACGCCGCACCGCGGUUUGGAAAACUGCAGUUGAAGUUGGAGUUGGGUUGGACCCAACUCUCCGCGGGUCAGAACUUCACUCAGGACGACGUGGAGAUGAACCGACUCUGGUACCAGCACAGCGCUGCUAGCAACGCCAGCGGGUUCAGAGGUCACGACAGCUUCCGCUUCACCCUCAGUGACCGGGACCACCGGGACCCGGGUCAGAGCUUCUUCAUCACCGUCCACACGGUCAACAAAGGUGACCUAGCGCUGCGUGUGAGGGGGGUCCAGCUGGCGGAGGGGCAGCGGGUGGUGCUGAACACCGACAUCCUGCUGGCGUGGGACUCGGCGGGCCGGCCGGAGGAGCUGGUCUACACGGUCUCGGUCCCGCCCCGGCACGGCCUGGUGCACGCCGUGCAGCGGCCCGGCGUCCCGCUGGGCUCCUUCACGCAGCUGGACGUGGCGGCUCACCGAGUCUGCUACAGCCACGACAACAGCCACGACGGCCAGGCCGACCUGUUCAGUUUCGUCGUCACUAACGGCGACUCGUCCCGGAGUGGCAGCCUCCACUUCACCAUCGAGCACGGCGACCGUAUUCCACCGACCCUGGACCGCAACACCGGCCUCCGCCUGCAGGGCGGCUCCACCGCCCCCAUCAGUGCCGAGCAGCUGCAGCUCACCGACCCCGACACGGCCGCCACCAACCUGACCUACACGCUCACCCAGCUGCCCCAGCACGGCACGCUGCUACUGGGGGGAGCCCCACUCCCGUCGCCACCCAGUUUCUCCCAGACCGACGUGGACCAGAUGAACCUGGCUUACCGGCACGACCCGGGCAGCCUGGCUGAGAUAGACCGGUUCCACUUCCUUCCAAGUGACGGGAACAACAGAGGAUACCUGGAGUUUGGACAGCUGAGGGAGGAACCGGCCAUGUUCACCAUACAGGUGGACCGGGUGGACCAGACUCCUCCCAGUCUGGCUACCAGGCAGACUCCCAGCACCGUGGUGGAUGUGGGCGGCCGCUACGGCAUCUUCAUCACCAAGAGACACCUGCAGGCCUCGGACCCCGACAGCCCGGUGGACCAGGUCCAGUUCAGCAUCAGCAGACCUCCGACCUUCGGUUACCUGGAGAACGCCGCCACAGGAUCGGCCAUCAGAACCCGGUUCACCCAGCUGGACGUGGACCAGCGAGCCGUGCUCUUCAUCGUCCCAGCAGACGUGGACUCCACGGCCGACAGUUUCCAGUUCCAGCUGGUAGACCCAGCAGGAAACGCCGGCCCCCCCCAGACGCUGGAGCUGUCCUGGUCCCGGGUGGAGCUGUCGGCCACCUGCUACCGGACCUGCGAGGCGGCCGGGACGCUCCAGAUCCAGAUCCAACGCAGCGGGAGGAGCUUCGACCCGGCGUACGUCAGCAUUCAGGUGGAGGAAGGAUCAGCCAGACUGACCAGGGACUUCACCCACAGCUCAGCCAGUCUGAUCCAGUUUGACCCAGGUGUGAGCAUGAAGACCUGGAGCAUUUACCUGGUCAACGAUGGCCUGGAGGAAAACCACGAGACCUUCACCGUGACUCUCACCGGCCCUCAAAACGCCGUUCUGGGACAGAGAACCUCGGCCAGCGUGGAGAUAAUCGACCCCAGACAAGGGCGGUGUGAUCCAGACGACAUGAAGGUGGACACCCACACCCCUCCCCCUCCUCUCCUCCCCGAACCCCCCCAGCCUGAUGUUGACCCUGAGGGGGAUCCGGUCACGGACAUCGAGGCGGAGCUGCUGUGGGAGAACCCCGUCCACCCCCCCAGGGGAGACGUCCCUAACCGCCGGCCCUUCCUGGACCUCAGAGAGGCAGAGCCCCAGGACCAGGCGGCCCCCAGCUACAGACACACACCCCACCCCCGGGGCAGGCUCCUGGAAACCCCUCCUGGGAGACUCAGGGAGGUCCUUGUGUCUCCGGAGGGAAGCUACAAGGACAGAGUCUGGACGUUCCAUGCUCUGACGUCUCUCCGGCUGGAGGAGCUGCAGCCCGGCGGGGUCGGGGGGGUCGGGGGGGUCCCGGAGCUCCACGGCCUCCUCCUGGAGGAGCCGGGACCCGGAGACGACCCCCAGGUGGACCGUGCUGCGGUCAGACGGCACUCUGAGCUUCACCAGAACAAGACGGGAGUGUGUCCUGACGGCUGGACCUUCCACAGGAGGCGCUGUUACAUCACCAGCUCAUCCGUGGCCAGCUGGGCCAGCGCCGACAGGACCUGCUCGCUGCUGUACAACAGCAGCCUGAGUGACGUGCGCUCCAGAAGAGAUGUCAGCUGGUUAUGGCGUUUCGCUGGGAAGAGGCCUUUCUGGAUCGGUGGAGCCGCAGGUCCAGACGGCCUGAGAGCGGCGGCGGCGGAUCGUGGCGACUGUGUGCUGGUUGAAAACCCCAGAAGAUGGAUUUCUACGAGCUGCUCCUUGGAAACUCAGCACUCGUUCAUCUGCUCAUCCCCGGCUGUUCCCACCUGAGAGGCUGGACUUCUCUGACGCUGCCGUCUGGACUGACUGGUCUGGCCACGCCCCCUGGGCUUAGCACAUUUGUUGGAAGAAAAUCCAGAUCUAACAACCCAUUAUACUGAUCCUUCCCUCUCAUACGGAGCCCAGAGGUGGAUGAACCAAACACUUUCAUGCUCCAGAAGACUCAGAUUAAGGUUUUACAAAAACAUCUGGAGACGAGUUAAGGUGGAAACAGAUGAUCGCUGGACAUAAAGCUGUAGUUCUGAUCAAUUAUCUUAUUAAAGAUGAGACA